AUGGGCUCUUGCUCACCUGAGGUUCUGAUUGUCAACAGCGAGUCCUGCCAACCUGCAGGGGCCCAGUUCUCCCGGGACACAGGGCAGCCAUGGAAAAGCCAGCCAGGGCCAAGGCCCACCCACGACUGGCCACCUCGGGAGCGCUGCCCUUGGCGGCCCUGGGAGACAUCAGACCAGGGCCAGGUUGAAGGUGCUGCCUCCAUGGGCUGCAGCGGUGACGCCAGCUCCCGUGACCUGGGGCGCCUUGGGACGUGCCAGGGUGGCAGCCCGUCUAGCCGGAUUGUCUCACUGCCGCCUGUGGCUGGCUGGCACGGGGCCGUGCGGGGGUGGUGGCGGGGUGCUGCUCAGCUCCGAUCUCGUAGCCCCAAGAGCAAAAGAAAAGAAAAGAACAAAGAGAGGAAAAGGCCUCACGCACAGUCCCCAGGCCGGAAGUCCCACCGCCACAGCAGCCGCAGUUCCCACAGCCCCUCGCUGUCCUCCCACUACAGUGACUCGGGAUCACCCAGCAGGCUGAGCCCCAAGCAUCGGGACGACGGGCGGAAGACGGGCAGCCAGCGGUCCAGCGGGAGCCGGUCGCCUUCCCCGUCGGGCGGCAGCGGAUGGGGGUCACCCCAGCAGAACGGCGGCAGCAGGCAGCGAAGCGGAGCACACGGGGGCCGCUCGGGCUCGGCGCACAGCCCGGCCGAUAAGCCCAGCUCGCCCUCGCCCAGGGCCCGCGACAAAACGGCGACCCACGCCGAACCCACGCCGCCCGCGCGGGGCAAGGACAGCCAGAGCCCGCGCUCGGCGCCGUCGUCGCAGGGCCGCGGAGGUCGCACGGCGGGCGGGGAGGCCAGGCGGCGGCGGAGGAGGAGGCGGCGGCGACGCUCGCGGUCCUCGGCGUCCGCGCCCCGCCGCAGGGGUCGCCGGCGUGCCCGGCCCGCGCCGCCCCGGGGAUCUUCGCGCUCGCUCAGCAGGGCGCACUCCAGCAGCGACUCGGGCGGCGGCGGGGGCGCCCCGGGCCCCGGGCCCGAGCCCGGGUCUGAGCGAGGCCACGGCGGACACGGGAAACGGACGAAGGAGCGGCCCCCGCGCGCGCGGCCCGCCAGCACCUCGCCUUCCCCCGGCCCGCACGGCAGGCGGAGCGGCCCGGACGGGAAGAGCUCGUCGCGCAGUCCCGGUCCCCACCCGCGCUCCUGGAGCUCUAGUCGAUCGCCUUCCAAAUCACGCUCGCGCUCCCCGGAGAAGAGGAACCGCAGCCCCAGCCGCUCAUCGUCACCCAAGAAAGCCCUCGGCCGGGACAAGGACGGCGAGGGCCGAGCGAGGCACACUGACGCCGAGGCCGCCCGCGCCCGGCGCCGUUCCCGCAGCUAUUCACCCAUCCGCAAGCGGCGCCGCGACUCGCCCAGCUUCAUGGAGCCUAGGCGCAUCACCAGUGCCCGCAAGCGUCCCAUCCCCUACUACCGGCCCAGCCCUUCUUCCUCCAGCUGCCUGAGCAGUGACUACUCAAGCCGGAGCCACAGUCGCAGCAGCCCCAGCCCUGGCCACAGUCACGGGAGCUACAGCAGUCACAGUCAUGGGACCCGCAGCCGCACACGCAGCCCCUCCCGGACCCCCAGUCCCAGCUACCACAGUCGGAGUAGCUCUGAGAGUGGGGGCUUCUGA